AUAAAACUCAUUUUUCUCUACUCCCACAUUAAAUCCAAUUUUUUGGUCAAUAAGAUAAUAUUGAUUAGAUCCAAACCAGUCCAGUCCAGCCGUAGGCAGCAAGCAGAUACCGAAAAUGGAAUCAGAUGGAGAUGAUGGACAGCUGCUGAGCAGAAGGGCUGAGUGGUGUGACGUGACCCCUCUCCCUCAAGAUGAUGGUCCCAACCCAGUAGUCCCCAUAGCCUAUAAGGAAGAAUUCCGGGAAACAAUGGACUACUUUCGAGCCAUCUACCAAGCUGAUGAGCGCUCCCCUCGUGCCCUCCGUCUCACUCGCCAAGCCAUCCUUGUCAAUCCUGGCAAUUACACCGUGUGGUAUUUUAGGCGACAAAUACUCCAGACCCUUAAUGCUGAUUUGUACGAGGAACUGGAUUUCCUUCAAAAGAUCGCCAGUUCUAAUUCGAAGAACUAUCAAUUGUGGCAUCAUCGGCGGUGGGUUGUUGAGAGAUUGGGAACUGAUGCUAGAGCCAGGGAACUUCAACUCAUUAAGAAGAUACUAUUGCUUGAUGCCAAAAAUUAUCAUGCCUGGUCACAUAGGCAGUGGGUGCUUCAAGCAUUAGGAGGCUGGGAAGACGAACUAGAUUACUGUCAGAAUCUUCUUGAGGAAGAUAUUUUUAACAAUUCUGCUUGGAAUCAGAGAUAUUUUGUUGUAACUAGAUCUCCUUUCUUGGGAGGCCUCAAAGCCAUGAGAGAGUCUGAAGUUAGAUACACUGUGGAAGCCAUUUUGGCCAGGCCUGACAAUGAGAGCCCAUGGAGGUACCUCAGGGGUCUUUACAAAGACGACAUUGAGGUUUGGGUUAAUGAUCCUCAGGUCUCAUUAGUAUGUUUGAAGGUAAUUACCACCAAAGGCAAUUAUGUUUUUGCUCUGAGUAUGCUUCUGGAUCUUCUAUGUCAUGGUUUUCAACCAAGCCAAGAGUUCAGAGAUGCUGUAGAUGCUCUGUGGACUUCAGACACUCACCCACUAGAUUCUGACCUCGGAAAAGCAAUUUGUUACAUCUUGGAGCACGUGGAUUCUUUGAGAGCAAGCUAUUGGAUGUGGCGCAAAAGCAAGCUUCCCUUGGCAGCCUGAUAAUUGAUGGAAAAUGGGAUGAACGUUGGAUUGGUCAGUAGAUUUCAAUCAAACUCAGGAUUUGCAAGCAGUCCAAAGGAUAUUACGUUAAAGGAACUAUUAUAAUUGAACAGCUAUUGCGGUUCAAACUUGAACCUAUUGGCUAUAUAGCAUGCUGAUUAUGGAGGUGAUUUAGAUGAGCGCAAGUCAACUUCAGGCUAUGCAUUUUUGCUUAUUGGUGGUGUUAUCUCUUGAAGCAGCAAGAGACAAUCUUGCAUUGCUUCAUUCACUAUGGAGGUAGAAUUUAUAGCAUGUUAACCUUUUUGUUUCAGAAAAAAAAAAAAAAAAAAACCAUGCAUGCAGGUGCGAGGAAAAAUACAAUUCGCUUGAAAAAAGUGGUAUUCUAGGCCUAAUAUAGAUGCUGUUGUAGUUUUGUUUUACUGGUAUAAACCAACAUGGUUAUGGUUAUAUUGUUUUCGGAAUUCUUAAUUGUGCAUUAAUUACCUGAAAAAUAUAUAGUCAUGUUUGUUUUAAAA